GCAGAUGCCAUCAGAGCCAGUGAUAACCAUCAUGAUGGUAACUACAGCAUGCCUGGCCACAUUGUGCUGUCCAAGGGCAUACUGACUGCUGAGGAGAUCCGCAGCCUGGACCUGUCUGCAGAGCUGGUGGUGCUGAGCUGCUGCAACACAGGACUGGGCACUGUUACAGGAGACGGAGUGUUGGGGAUGUACCGGUCCUUUCUGGCGGCCGGGGCUGCAAACGUGGUGGCGACCUUAUGGAGGAUUCCUGACAAGAAGACUCGGAAACUCAUGAGGCACUUCUACAGCAGCUACAAGAGGAGCGGCGAUGCAGCCCGGGCCAUGAGAGGUGCCAUGUUACACAUGCUGCGCAAGGAAGAGACAUCAGCACCUCCCUAUUGGGCAGCUUUCUCUGUCAUUGGUGGUACAGCAGCCAUUUAGGGAUAGCACCUAUCUAGGGACAGCACCCGUCUAGGGACAGCACCCAUCUAGGAACAGCAGCCAUGC